CUAUCUUUUGGUAAAUCCUGAUGCAUGGCGUACACCGCCGAGACAACGUGCCCGCCACGAUGCUACAGUUAGAUAAUUUUCACCCUCUAUCAUGGCACCCGGGGAUGCUAAACAUUUAAAUUUUGCGUGUGGCGCAACCUCAUGGUGAAUCGCAUUCCAUUAAAGGGGUAGUUGGUGGGAUUCUUUCAGCGGCCAUUUAGACGGCAUGUUCGAUGUGUGAAGAUUGGUCGACGCCAGGAUUACCCGUUGAAUGAAAGAGGCGUUGAGUGACUUCGCUUCCCCCAGUCCCUGAAUAGAGUGACAUAGGAAAUGCGAUAUCCACGCUUGCACGUUUGUGAUAUCCGCCGAACACACUUAAGAGCCAGUGGUCCAGUCAUGCAGCAUUAUAGACCCGAAACAAAAUCCGCCAUACCCUCAGAGGCUAGCAGAUACCGCGUCAGCCUAAAAAAUGUGUCACAACGUCAUCGAUGGUCGAUACCACACUGUGUGUGGUCACUUCAUCGGCAUGCACUCGGAAGUACACGAUUGUUUACGACCCAACUGUCUGUUCAGUAGAAGACACUUGCAUUCUGUAGGAUCGUGCAAGUCACAAUCGUGUAUCAGGCUGAUGGCAUUGCCUGUAAAAAAUCCCAUUCGGAUCAGCCCUACGAACUGUUGUGAUUGUAUAGUCAUCGAGAGAGCUGGAGCAGCGGCUGCGCGGUCGUGAGACAGUUCAAACUUCAAAAGCGUUGGCACUGGCUUGCCGACUGGGACUUCGAGUAACCUAACUACAUCUUAUAAUAGUUGUACUGGCGUAUAAUGGCUUUUGGGAUUUGGGAUGGAUGGGAAUACUAAUAGCUUGGGUAUAAACAAAAGUAAAUUACCUUGCACUGAUAUGUAUCUAUGAUUGGCACGUAUACUUGAUGCAAUGUUCC